UCUGUCUUCUUUUUCCUAGUUACCGCAGCAAGGACGCAUACAAUAAGGGGAAUCUCUUCAACAGCCUGAACUACGAUGUCGCGGCCAAGAAGAGAAAGAAGGACAUGCUGAACUGCAAGGCCAAAACUCAGUAUUUCCACCAAGAAAAAUGGAUCUAUGUUCACAAAGGAAGCACUAAAGAGCGCCAUGGCUACUGCACGCUGGGAGAAGCUUUCAACAGGCUGGACUUCUCCACUGCCAUUCUGGACUCCAGGAGGUUCAACUACGUCGUGCGGCUGUUGGAACUGAUAGCAAAGUCACAGCUCACAUCCCUGAGUGGCAUCGCCCAGAAGAACUUCAUGAACAUUUUGGAAAAAGUGGUACUGAAAGUCCUUGAAGACCAGCAGAACAUCAGACUAAUAAGGGAGCUGCUGCAGACCCUCUACACCUCCUUGUGCACGCUGGUGCAGAGAGUCGGCAAGUGCGUGCUGGUCGGGAACAUUAACAUGUGGGUGUACCGGAUGGAGACGAUUCUGCACUGGCAGCAGCAGCUGAACAACAUCCAGAUCACCAGGCCUGCCUUCAAAGGCCUCACCUUCACCGACCUGCCUUUGUGCCUCCAACUGAACAUCAUGCAGAGGCUGAGCGACGGGCGCGACCUGGUCAGCCUGGGCCAGGUGGCCCCCAACCUGCACGUGCUCAGCGAGGACCGGCUGCUGUGGAAGAGGCUCUGCCUGUACCACUUCUCCGAGCGGCAGAUCCGCAAGCGAUUAAUUCUGUCAGACAAAGGACAGCUGGAUUGGAAGAAGAUGUAUUUUAAACUUGUACGAUGCUACCCACGGAAAGAGCAGUAUGGAGACACCCUACAGCUUUGCAAACACUGUCACAUUCUUUCCUGGAAGGGCACUGACCACCCAUGCACGGCCAACAACCCAGAGAGCUGCUCCGUUUCGCUCUCUCCCCAGGACUUUAUCAACUUGUUCAAGUUCUGAAUCGCAGCACAUGACAGCACUUCAAAAGGGUCCCCUGCUGGUUGGAUGGUUGGGGAUACAGAGUUUGGACACUUCAUUUGUAAAUAGUGUACAUUUUAAACAUUGGCUCGAAGCUUCUGAGAUAGGUCACGGAGAGGACAUUGGAGGGGAGAGACGCAGUCGCUGGCUGGGAGUUGAAGAAUAUGGACUUCUCAUUACAAUUGGUAUGGAAAAGCAGAAAUACUGUAAAUAAACUUUUUUCCCCUAAUGAUUUGCCAGCAAGACUAUAAGGGCAGGAGAUCUGUGCCUUCGGUGAAAACGGAAUUCUCUUGAUGUUCACCAGAACUCCUGCAUAGUUCCCCAGAGAUGUGGAAGAAGAGGGCAGAACUCGAAUACAAGACAGAACACACUUUGUUUACAAUGUGAAAAUUUGUUUAAAAAAAAAAAAGAAGAAAAAGAAAGAAGAAAAGCUACCGAGGAGAAAUCCCUGGGCUUCUGGUUUAAUUUUGGGUUAGCUUGGAAAAGGCAGCGGAAGUACUACCCAUCGGAAACCCCCGUAGGGCCUUAUCGUACAAAGAGAUCACACAAUAGUCUACCUCGGAAAGCACACAGCGAUCUCUCGGACACUGUCUGUUCUUCUUGUGUUUUCAUCAUACAAAAAGUGAUUUGAAAUGGGAAGGGAUCUUGAGGCAAUCCUCAUUAUGUUCCUGGGGAGGUGAAUGGGGCAGCCUUCGGAGUUGCCUCUCUUCUAGAACAACCCCCAAGCACGUAGGCCUUCUAUCCUUUCAUGUUACAUGUAGCUCAUUCGGGGCAACAGAAGGCCAAUUAGAAACAUCCCAGAGGAUGUCCUGCCACAGAAAAGGUAGAAUUAGUCACCCCAUUGCUGUGAAGACUUUCUUACUCCUGUUUCAUUUCUUGGCGUGUCUGCUUCCCGGGGUAUCUUCGCAGAUAAGCAUAAGGGCAUCUCUGUGGGCUGGUCGGAGCCAGAGUGCUGAUAAAGGCUUGUAAAGCAGGUUUGACGUGCGAAACGGGCUACCAGCUGCCCUUGCUCUUGGCGGGUGGUGAGCUGAGGAGCUUGCUUUCUUUACGCCCCACAUCUAAAUCUGGUCAACCUGAGAGUGGGGCUUCUAGUAGGGUGAUAAAAUAAAGCCUGGAGUUCCAGCCAAGUAGGGAACAGAGGUGCUUAGAGUUCAUCCUAAACACGAUUUAUACCCCAGGGGAUCUUGCCAGGCCUAUCCCAGCAAGUAACUAGGUAGAAGAAAGGAAAUCUCAGGAUGUAAUGAGUUUAUUGUCAAAUAUUCCUGGGAGGGGGUGGGGAGUGUUUUUGUUUUUUACUUUUUAUAGAACUUUGCUUUUCUACAACAAUGUACGUAUUUUUGCUGUUGUAUUUGCUUAGCCUUGUUUUUGUUUUUUUUGUUUUGUAAAUAAAGUUGCCACCCUGCAUGUGCUUGGAAAA